AUGUUAUUCCGCAAGUUCAUAACGGCAGUAGUUUUGCUGUUGGCUGGCCUAGUAACCCCUGCUACUAUCUCGGAAAGCACAAUCUAUAGAGGAGAAUUUGAUUUCACUAUUCUUGGACCUCUUACUAUAGAUGGCACAGGUGGUACUUAUCUUUCCAUUGUUGAUGUGAGUCUGGUUAGCUUAGGUAGUCUCACUGUGGACUCUGCUAACCUGUUUUAUGUAACAGUUGUGAAUGCUCUAAGCUCAAUUGUUAAUAUAUCAGGGUCAUUAGCUAAUACUGGUACUGUUUCAUUUUUAACGGGCGUGACCUAUACUCUUGGUUCCAUCACAAACAACGCUGGUGGGACAAUGUAUUUCGCAGGAAGUGGCUCAGGGGCUACCAUGGGAGCCAUAACAAACAGUGGUCAAAUGUGUUUCUACAACAGUGUCACGUUUAGUAGUACUAUUUCAGGUUCAGGUGGCUGUGUUUCUGCAAACCGAGGUUCAACUAUUAUCAUUCCAUAUACGACUUCUGGUCAGACCUACUACUUAGAUCUGCUCUCAAUGAUCAAUGUAACUGCACCUUCCGGUUCUGGAUAUGUCACUCCUAAUCCAAUUCCUAUACAAGGUUUUGGUAAUCUGAAUACUAUUACUAUGAGCCAACUUCUGAGUACGGCACCUUAUUAUUAUAGUACUGCUUCUGAUGGAGCUGCUGCUGGAGCUGCUGCAGGAACCUUAAGAGUUUAUUAUUUAACUACUCAUUAUGUAGAUUUCAUAAUUGGAACAGGCUAUGGCAAUACCGGCACCAUUACAAACCCGAAUUGGUCAUACUCUACGAAGCUGGGAAUUAAAUUCAUAGGUACACUAAAAUGGCCCACAUCUUCAUCUUGUCAAUGUCAGGCUCUUCCAGUUGCACCUGGAAUCAAUCCAGCUGAGUACACUACUACAUUUACAAGCGACGGAAGCACUGUGACUGGUGAAGUGAUUGUCACUACCGACGAUUCGGGAAGCUGGUACACGACUACUUCCAUUUACACAGAAACUGAGUACAACACUCUUGUCAUCCAGGACGACGGAAGCACUGUGACUGGUGAAGUGAUUGUCACUACCGACGAUUCGGGAAGCUGGUACACGACUACUUCCAUUUACACAGAAACUGAGUACAACACUCUUGUCAUCCAGGACGACGGAAGCACUGUGACUGGUGAAGUGAUUGUCACUACCGACGAUUCGGGAAGCUGGUACACGACUACUUCCAUUUACACAGAAACUGAGUACAACACUCUUGUCAUCCAGGACGACGGAAGCACUGUGACUGGUGAAGUGAUUGUCACUACCGACGAUUCGGGAAGCUGGUACACGACUACUUCCAUUUACACAGAAACUGAGUACAACACUCUUGUCAUCCAGGACGACGGAAGCACUGUGACUGGUGAAGUGAUUGUCACCACCGACGAUUCGGGAAGCUGGUACACGACUACUUCCAUUUACACAGAAACUGAGUACAACACUCUUGUCAUCCAGGACGACGGAAGCACUGUGACUGGUGAAGUGAUUGUCACUACCGACGAUUCGGGAAGCUGGUACACGACUACUUCCAUUUACACAGAAACUGAGUACAACACUCUUGUCAUCCAGGACGACGGAAGCACUGUGACUGGUGAAGUGAUUGUCACUACCGACGAUUCGGGAAGCUGGUACACGACUACUUCCAUUUACACAGAAACUGAGUACAACACUCUUGUCAUCCAGGACGACGGAAGCACUGUGACUGGUGAAGUGAUUGUCACCACCGACGAUUCGGGAAGCUGGUACACGACUACUUCCAUUUACACAGAAACUGAGUACAACACUCUUGUCAUCCAGGACGACGGAAGCACUGUGACUGGUGAAGUGAUUGUCACUACCGACGAUUCGGGAAGCUGGUACACGACUACUUCCAUUUACACAGAAACUGAGUACAACACUCUUGUCAUCCAGGACGACGGAAGCACUGUGACUGGUGAAGUGAUUGUCACUACCGACGAUUCGGGAAGCUGGUACACGACUACUUCCAUUUACACAGAAACUGAGUACAACACUCUUGUCAUCCAGGACGACGGAAGCACUGUGACUGGUGAAGUGAUUGUCGCUACCGACGAUUCGGGAAGCUGGUACACGACUACUUCCAUUUACACAGAAACUGAGUACAACACUCUUGUCAUCCAGGACGACGGAAGCACUGUGACUGGUGAAGUGAUUGUCACUACCGACGAUUCGGGAAGCUGGUACACGACUACUUCCAUUUACACAGAAACUGAGUACAACACUCUUGUCAUCCAGGACGACGGAAGCACUGUGACUGGUGAAGUGAUUGUCACUACCGACGAUUCGGGAAGCUGGUACACGACUACUUCCAUUUACACAGAAACUGAGUACAACACUCUUGUCAUCCAGGACGACGGAAGCACUGUGACUGGUGAAGUGAUUGUCACUACCGACGAUUCGGGAAGCUGGUACACGACUACUUCCAUUUACACAGAAACUGAGUACAACACUCUUGUCAUCCAGGACGACGGAAGCACUGUGACUGGUGAAGUGAUUGUCACCACCGACGAUUCGGGAAGCUGGUACACGACUACUUCCAUUUACACAGAAACUGAGUACAACACUCUUGUCAUCCAGGACGACGGAAGCACUGUGACUGGUGAAGUGAUUGUCACUACCGACGAUUCGGGAAGCUGGUACACGACUACUUCCAUUUACACAGAAACUGAGUACAACACUCUUGUCAUCCAGGACGACGGAAGCACUGUGACUGGUGAAGUGAUUGUCACCACCGACGAUUCGGGAAGCUGGUACACGACUACUUCCAUUUACACAGAAACUGAGUACAACACUCUUGUCAUCCAGGACGACGGAAGCACUGUGACUGGUGAAGUGAUUGUCACUACCGACGAUUCGGGAAGCUGGUACACGACUACUUCCAUUUACACAGAAACUGAGUACAACACUCUUGUCAUCCAGGACGACGGAAGCACUGUGACUGGUGAAGUGAUUGUCACUACCGACGAUUCGGGAAGCUGGUACACGACUACUUCCAUUUACACAGAAACUGAGUACAACACUCUUGUCAUCCAGGACGACGGAAGCACUGUGACUGGUGAAGUGAUUGUCACUACCGACGAUUCGGGAAGCUGGUACACGACUACUUCCAUUUACACAGAAACUGAGUACAACACUCUUGUCAUCCAGGACGACGGAAGCACUGUGACUGGUGAAGUGAUUGUCACUACCGACGAUUCGGGAAGCUGGUACACGACUACUUCCAUUUACACAGAAACUGAGUACAACACUCUUGUCAUCCAGGACGACGGAAGCACUGUGACUGGUGAAGUGAUUGUCACCACCGACGAUUCGGGAAGCUGGUACACGACUACUUCCAUUUACACAGAAACUGAGUACAACACUCUUGUCAUCCAGGACGACGGAAGCACUGUGACUGGUGAAGUGAUUGUCACCACCGACGAUUCGGGAAGCUGGUACACGACUACUUCCAUUUACACAGAAACUGAGUACAACACUCUUGUCAUCCAGGACGACGGAAGCACUGUGACUGGUGAAGUGAUUGUCACUACCGACGAUUCGGGAAGCUGGUACACGACUACUUCCAUUUACACAGAAACUGAGUACAACACUCUUGUCAUCCAGGACGACGGAAGCACUGUGACUGGUGAAGUGAUUGUCACUACCGACGAUUCGGGAAGCUGGUACACGACUACUUCCAUUUACACAGAAACUGAGUACAACACUCUUGUCAUCCAGGACGACGGAAGCACUGUGACUGGUGAAGUGAUUGUCACUACCGACGAUUCGGGAAGCUGGUACACGACUACUUCCAUUUACACAGAAACUGAGUACAACACUCUUGUCAUCCAGGACGACGGAAGCACUGUGACUGGUGAAGUGAUUGUCACCACCGACGAUUCGGGAAGCUGGUACACGACUACUUCCAUUUACACAGAAACUGAGUACAACACUCUUGUCAUCCAGGACGACGGAAGCACUGUGACUGGUGAAGUGAUUGUCACUACCGACGAUUCGGGAAGCUGGUACACGACUACUUCCAUUUACACAGAAACAUCACCCACAUAUACACUUCCAGUGCCACUGGGUGAUGGAUUUAUGAUAGAAAUUAAAGAUGAAGAUACAGGUUUGGACGUGUUCCUUACUCACAAUGGCAACGUAAUAACUGUCGCAGAGCACGCCGGUUCUACAUUUUAUUUGAAUGUUCCUGAAGGACACCUUAUCGUUGAUGGGUUAUAUGUUCAUGCUGACCAUAGUGGAAUUUACUUGAGUGAGAUUCCAUUUGGAGGUUGGAGCAUUUCCUCAAUUAGCAACAUCUUCAUCAAGCGAGCAGAUUUAGGUACAUUACUGAUCAACGGAACAACUACCUUCUUCUACUGUCCAGAUCAAAGCUCUCCCUUGUCGCUUACUAAUACCAUAGGUUGUGAAGAAGUUGAGCUACUAAUAGACGGUAUUGAACCACUGCAAUCUUCUUCGUCUGAGUUGAGCUCUACAAUCAGCACUUCGAUUGAAUCAUCAUCCAGCCUAUCCACUACGGAAUCCGUCACUUCAAAGAGUUCAGAAGUUAGUGCAAGCUCCGUAUCUGAAUCGAGCAUUGCAUCUGCGGUAAGCUCUCCGACUACUUCUGUGUCCGAAGUUAGUUCAAGCUCCGAAUCAUCAUCCAGCAUAUCCAGUACGGAAUCCGUCACAUCAGAGAGUUCAGAAGUUAGUUCAAGCUCCGUAUCUGAAUCGAGCAUUGCAUCUGCGGUAAGCUCUUCGGCUAUUUCCGUGUCCGAAGUUAGUUCAAGCUCCGAAUCAUCAUCCAGCAUAUCCAGUACGGAAUCCGUCACAUCAGAGAGUUCAGAAGUUAGUUCAAGCUCCGUAUCUGAAUCAAGCAUUGCAUCUGCGGUAAGCUCUCCGACUACUUCUGUGUCCGAAGUUAGUUCAAGCUCCGAAUCAUCAUCCAGCAUAUCCAGUACGGAAUCCGUCACAUCAGAGAGUUCAGAAGUUAGUUCAAGCUCCGUAUCUGAAUCAAGCAUUGCAUCUGCGGUAAGCUCUCCGACUACUUCUGUGUCCGAAGUUAGUUCAAGCUCCGUAUCUGAAUCAAGCAUUGCAUCUGCGGUAAACUCUCCGACUACUUCUGUGUCCGAAGUUAGUUCAAGCUCCGUAUCUGAAUCGAGCAUUGCAUCUGCGGUAAGCUCUUCGGCUAUUUCCGUGUCCGAAGUUAGUUCAAUCUCCAAAUCUGAAUCAGGUAUCUCGGCCAUCGUCAGUUCAAGUACAUUACCUCAGAAAUACUCCUCAGAAAGCAUUGUCGUAUCUUCUAUGAGCUCUUUAUCUUUCGGAUAUUACAGCAAUACUUCGUCAUCAUUUUUCUCGAUUUCCGAGACCACUUAUACCUUAUCUUCAACAUCGUCAGUUAUAACAAUUACAUCAUCGUCAUUACCAAGUUCUUCGGAAUCAGCAUUUUUGGCUUCAGUUUCUGCUACUUCCCCAAGUGAAAUUAUUACACCUUCUUUAUUGAGUUCGCUUCCUACUUCUCAAAGUGAACUACCAUCUACAAGUUCAUCACCUGUUGUGGAAGAGAACGACUUUAGAUUGCUUGCAUUCUCAAUCAACCCAGAUAUUGAUUUUGAACAAUUCCUUACACAUGAUGGCCAAUUCAUCACCUUUACCAAUACUGGAGGUGAUACAUUCCAUUUAUCUCUUCCACCUGGAUACCUUACUGUUGGUGGACUCUAUGUUACUGCAGAUAGUAAUGGGUUUCACUUAAGUAAUGAACCGUUUGCCAAUUGGCAAGAGACUAGUUCUCCUGCUGCUUUGGUCAAGAGAGAAGAUGGUGAUUCACUCCUGUUGAAUGGUCAAGAUGUUUUCUACGCAUGCCCAGAUACUGCACCUGCUUUAGAACUUGUCAACAGCAGUGGAUGCAUUCCAGUAAGUUUGAAAGUUGUAGAAGAAAGUCCAUCCUCUGGCACUACUUCAACUUCUGAAACGGAAACAGGCACAAGUACUUCUGAAACUAGUGGCUCUAGUUCUUGUUCUGGUUCUGGUUCUGGUUCUGGUUCUGGUUCUGGUUCUGGUUCAGGUUCUGGUUCUGGUUCAGGUUCAGGUUCUGGUUCAGGUUCUGGUUCUGGUUCAGGUUCAGGUUCUGGUUCAGGUUCUGGUUCAGGUUCUGGUUCAGGUUCUGGUUCAGGUUCUGGUUCAGGUUCUGGUUCUGGUUCAGGUUCAGGUUCUGGUUCAGGUUCUGGUUCAGGUUCUGGUUCUGAUUCCGGGCAUGAAGGACCUAUUGCUUCUACUCCUGUAAUCACAAUACCAGGGACUACUUUGGCAACCUCCACAACUUCGUAUGCCCCUUCUAUUCCAACCGUUUUUGCUGCUGUUGGAGGAGCGAUCAGGAUUCACCUAUCUCCAAUUACUUUUAUCUUGUUGAUGCUUCUCCACAUUGUCUAA